UGUAUGUUGUCGUGUGUCGUGGUUAGACUGUGGUGUGACACGAGGCUGGCUACACGGAGACCAGCGUCGCGAUGCAACCAGAGGAUCGUUCGCGGCGGUGCAUCGGGCUUCCUCUUGCUUCGACGAUAAUUGAAGUGUUCCGCCGGAAAAAGAGUCACCGAACUAUAUCGCGCUAGACUCGUUCCGUUCUUCCUUCUUUUUUUUUCUGGUUCAUUUCGAUCGCCUUUCGGUACUGUCUUCUCGUUGCCCGUUGGCCCCCGCAACAUCGAGUUCGUGUUUCGUUGACCAACCGUGAAACUAGCCCACGAAAUAUCGGACUGGGGAUGACGUUACUCGGCAAGCGACUGUUCAAUGGGAAAUUUCAUUGUCGCUGCGACAGGCGAUACGUAACGUCCGAGAUUAAACGGAUAUUGUUUUUUCGACAUAUGUAAAGUGGCCAGUGAUGGAAUUGGUUAGGGGGUGAAGGGUACGAAAGGAAUACCUUAAUUUUGCGACGCGAAACAUCGUUACGUAUUAUAUUUGUUGGUUACCGCUGCGAAGUUUUUAUAAAAUACGACAGGAAAUAAUGAGAGGAAGAGGUCACGCGUGAAAAUGGGAAAGUACGCGAUCGUUUUCUGUGAUGAAACGCGUAAAAAAACUAGGUGAAUGGAAUAACAUGGCUGUAUCGAUGCUCCAUCUGGAUCAACGAAGUUACGACCUCGUUAUCGAAGGUGCGCUCGCGUAAGAUCUUGGGGGAGCGUGUGUCGUUACCGCUGGAGGGUUGACAGCCUCCGGCAGGACAGGUACCCGGAAAAGGAAGUCCAGGAGCUGAGGACGGAUCAGGUGCGAGCUAGCAGCGAGGCCUAGCACCUGUUUCUUAGAGGAUUUUGACGUGGAGGGGUGGGGGGUGACGGGUAAUAGCACCUAAGGGCGGGUGGGGGGAUGCAGCUCGAAAGGGUGGCGGCAUGGAGGAGCCCUCGUUGGAGGCUCUCAUGCAGGCAGGCCUCAUCUGCGUGGUCGGUGCCGCCAUCAUCUUCUCGAAUCUCCUCAUCAUCCUCACCUACCUUAAUUUCCGUGGUCCCUCCGAGGUGAUAAACUAUUACUUGCUGUCUCUCGCAUCGGCGGACCUUCUUUGCGGUUUGCUGGUGGUUCCGUUCUCGGUGUAUCCGGCGCUGGUACGAAGAUGGGUCUAUGGGGACAUCGUGUGUCGUCUCGUUGGUUAUUUGGAAGUUACUCUCUGGGCGGUAUCCGUGUACACUUUCAUGUGGAUCUCCGUGGAUCGUUACUUGGCCAUCAGAAAACCAUUGCGAUACGAGACCGUGCAAACAAAAACACGAUGUCAGUGUUGGAUGGUCUUCACGUGGAUCAGCGUAGCGAUGAUGUGCUGCCCACCUCUGCUAGGUUUCCAGAAACCGAUUUUCGACCGGGAGGCGUUCAUCUGUAUGCUCGACUGGGGCAACAUGGCUGCAUACACCAUCACAUUGUCGAUCCUCGUGCUAGGUCCAUCGGUCAUCACCAUCGUCUACACCUAUUGCUACAUCUUCACAAUGAUGAGGCGACUUCGGUCCGGUGUGCUGAUACACGACAAAGAGUACGCGACGGCCCUUUCAGAAAACCUGAGCAAUCCGAGUCACAUCAUGUCUUUCGUCCUGGUGAUGGCGUUUUGGGUCUCCUGGGCACCGUACGCUGGUCUGCGGAUAUACGCUGUCGUUAAUGGACCGCCUCAGGUACCUUUUCUUCACUUCGCGGUGGUGUGGCUGGGGGUGACGAACAGUUUCUGGAAAGCGGUGGUCCUCGGUACCCUGAGCCCCCAGUUCCGACUGGCAGUUCGCGUGCUCUGUUUGACGCUGUGCUGCCGGCAUAGACGACUU